AGAGCUCAAAAAAAUGGAAAAAAUGGUUAUUACAUAGGUUCAAAUUCAGACAGUUUCAACCAUCUCUAGAAGCCCCUGAGAAGAGAACACUAAACAUGGCUGCCGAAGAACAAAGAAAACGAGCAUUGGCUGUGGCCGUUGCAACUGCCGCCGCAGCCGAGGCAGCUGUAGCGGCAGCAAAUGCGGCGGCAGAAGUUGUUCGGCUGACGAGCCUUUCGUCAGAAAACCGAGCCACAAAUCUCGAUUUUUUGGCCGUCAAGAUUCAGAGUGCUUACAGAGGACAUCUUGCAAGAAAAGCAUUGAGUGCAUUGAAAGGAAUAGUGAGGCUUCAAGCGUUGGUUCGAGGAGAGCUCGUGAGGCGUCGAGUCUUUAAGACAUUGCCAUCAUCAAUGUCUUUAUUAUUACUGCCCGAGUCAAAAACUCACGUGCAGAGAAAGAGAGUUCCGAUUCUACUUGAUUACCUUAGUCAAUGCGAGAGGUUACAUAGUCUUAACCGAAAAGACAGAAUCAAAUAUGAAGAAGGAAGAUUUCAUAAUCAUAGCCACAGCCAGAGGAGUUGGGAUUUGAGUUUGGCCUCAAAGGAAGACAAUGAAGCAUUGUACCUACAAAAACGAGAAGCCGUUGAGAAAAGAGAACGCAUGAAGCAAUAUUCGUUUUCCCAUCGAGAAAGAAGAAAUGAUCAUAGCCUUCAAGAACCAAUGUCCCACAUAGAAAACAGAAAGAGCAGCCGGUUCAGCCAGCUCAUCGAGCUAGAAGACGAAAACCCGAGACAUCAUCUCACGCGCUCAAACACCACGAAACUCGAGGCAAGCCAGCGCCAGCUGGCACAGGUCAAUACGAGAGCCUCGUGCAGGCAAGAAAAGACGGACGAGCUAAUUAUAAUUAACUCGCCGUAUUCCCAGCCGAGACGAUCCUUUUGCCAAGUAAAGGAAAAAAAAACAUCGCUCGAUGGAGAAAACCGAUCCCUCCCGAAUUCUCCAGGUUUCCCAACGUACAUGGCCCCCACAGAAUCCGCAAGGGCCAGGUGUCGCUCUCACAGCACGCCUAAGCAACGGCUGAGAUUGUGUGAGACUUACUCGGGCGAGAUCUCCCCGUACAAGCUCGGGCUCUCUUCUUGGAGACUCGUUUAAACGCGAUUUUUUUAAAGUAAUUUUUUAUUUUUAUUUUUUU